AUGCCAGACCUUCAAAUGAAACCCGACUGUCCCAAAGGCCUCACAGGAGGUGAACUGCUCUGUGAGCUUCUCGGGAGCCACAAUGUUGACCAUGUGUUCGGAUAUCCAGGCGGUGCAGCUCUUCCUCUUUUUGAUGGAGUCUACAAGACCAACCUCUUCCAAUUCAUCCUGUCUCACCAUGAACAAGGGGCUGGCCAUAUGGCAGAAGGCUAUGCGAGUGCGAGCAUGAAACCAGGCGUUGUACUGGUAACCUCUGGCCCUGGAAGCUCUAAUCUCGUCACGCCUUUGCUCAAUGCUCUAUUGGAUGGAACACCAAUGGUGGCUAUCUGCGGUCAGGUAGCUACCACUGUUCAAGGAACUGGGGCCUUCCAGGAAAUUGACGUUGUUCCCCUUGCUCGGACAUGCACCAAAUGGUGCUCUUCCGUUAAAAGCGUCCGUGAUUUACCGGACAUCAUCAAUGAGGCGUUUCACCAAGCCACCUCUGCUCGACCUGGACCGGUUCUUGUUUCCAUACCAAAGGAUAUCGGCAAAGAGGUUCUGGACCCAAUUUCACUUGGCUACCCUCUGACACCACCCGGGGAAGACACACCAAGCGGUCUCAUGUCUAUGACAACCAUACCCAGGGCUAUGCUUCCUGGACUUGCUUGUGAUAUCGAAAGUGUAAAGCCUCAAGUAAGCCAGGUUGCAGCACUUGUCAACCACUCUCAGCGUCCAAUCAUAUGUGCUGGCCAUGGGGUCCUUGCUAGCAAGGACGGUUCAGCAUUACUGUCUCAAAUUGCAAAAACAUACAGAAUCCCCGUAGUCACCACUUUGCUAGGACUGGGAUCUUUUGAUGAAGAUCACGAGCUGGCCCUGCAUAUGAUAGGUACUUAUGGGGCUCCAUAUGCCAAUUACGCUCUCCAAAGUGCCGACCUGAUACUUGUGUUUGGGGCCCGCCUGGAGGAGAGAGCCGUGGGUAGUCCAGCUGGAUAUGCCCCCAAAGCCAGAGAAGCAGCCCAAACUGGACAAGGUGGCAUCAUUCAGUUUGACAAUAAUGCAGAAAGUGUGGCCAAGGUAGUCAAACCAACGCAGCCCAUAUUGGGUGAUUUGUCCGUGACCUUGCGACUUCUGCUCUCACGGUUAGAGAAGAGAGACGACAAUGACAUCUGGCUGGAUCAGAUCAAGGCCUGGAAGAAGCAGUACGCAUUCCGAACGCCUCAAAUAGACUCGGCGAGCCUGUGUUCUCCCCAGCGGGUGAUUGCCGAGGUAGAUCGCCAGACAGCGCCAAUCAAGCACCGCACCAUUUUGACCACAGGCGUGGGACAGCAUCAAAUGUGGACAGCGCAGCGUUAUCGCUUUAGACAUCCCCAUUCAUUCGUUACAUCUGGUGCUCUGGGAACCAUGGGAUUCGGAGUCCCUGCCGCCAUUGGAGCCCAGGUAGCCCAACCGAAUCACACAGUGAUUGAUAUUGACGGCGAUGCCUCAUUUUGCAUGACUAUGGAAGAGCUUCUCACUGCGGCGCAAUACAAUAUUCCUAUCAAAGUGAUUGUGUUAAACAACAACACUCAAGGAAUGAUUGCCCAGCUUCAACGGGCUGAUUAUGAGGGCCGAAUCUGCUACAACCGUCAGAGAAAUCCCCAUUUCGUGCAGCUUGCAGAGAGCAUGGGAUGUGGGGGCCGGCAAUGUAGUGAUUCUGGUGAGCUUUCAGACUGUAUUACGUGGCUACUAGAGUAUCAGGGGCCGGCAUUGCUAGAAGUUCUGGUGCAAGAGGCGGAAAUGCUUCCAAUCGUGCCGAAUGGAAAGGCAUUGGAUCUCAUUAAACUAGAAUCUGGCUCAGUUGAAACUUCCCUGGCUUAA